AUGGAUCAUUCCGUGAAAGAAAUACUUGGUGAGCAGUUACUUAAAGUAGUUACAAUAGCUGAGGAAGAAGUUGAUCGCCAGAUAGAAAAAUACGACGGGUUGGAUGAAAACGAUUUGGAAGCUAUACGAAAGAAACGUCUUCAAGAGUUAAAAAAAACAGAAUGGCUUCAAAAUGGUCACGGCGUAUAUGAGGAAAUCUCAGAUGAACGAAGUUUUUUCGACGCUACAAAGAAAUCUGCUAAAGUUGUGUGUCACUUUUAUUUACCUGCCACUGAACGGUGUAAAAUUGUCGAUAAACAUCUGAAAAAAAUUGCUCCGAAAUAUCUGGAAAUUCGAUUUAUUUAUGCCAAUGCUGAGAAGUUUCCAUUUCUCACUACACGACUCAAAAUCCGUCUUAUUCCAACAAUCGUUGUAAUAAUUGAUGCGAAGACGGUUGAUUACAUACGAGGAUUUGGUGAUUUGGGUGGAAAAGAUGAAUUCAGGACCGAAAUGCUUGAAUGGAGACUUUCAUGGAGCAAAGUACUGGAAUACGACUGGCCUUCCUACUUACGAGGUUCUGGCAUGACUGUUGCAAAAUUGACCAAAGGAGUCAAGAAAAAGGUGCGAGGAAGUGAGGCUGGUGGUUAUGAUGAUGAUGAUGACGAUUAG